AAGACAAGAUCAACAAUCACACGACAGUUAUGGACAUAAAAAUGGUGAAAGUAAGUCGUUGCCCAUCCCAGUACAGUGGUUCUGAUACCAUAUCAGGCUUGGAUGGUUGUGGCAGUGGAGCAUCGGCUAUGGAACACAUUGAGAAUAGUGUUUCAUCACCGAGUGAAUCAUCGGGGAAACAUCGAAUACGUACAAUUCGAUUGAUACGACCAUCAACGAAACUUUCAUGUACCACCACGUCGAAUUCAACUGGAUCGACAAAUGCACGACAAGGUCCUUUGGGGUUUUCAAUACGUGGUGGACGUGAACAUGGCACCGGGUUCUUUAUUUCAGCUGUACAAAUUGGUUCGGAAGCGGAAAGACAAGGGCUAAAGAUUGGCGAUCAAAUAAUUCGUAUAAAUGGUUUUACAGUAGAGGAUGCAAUUCAUAAAGAAGUCUUACAAUUAAUUUCUAAUCAUAAACACAUUAAUUUGAAAGUUAGACAUGUUGGAAUGGUUCCCGUAAAAGAAAAACAAUCCGAUUCUUUGGGAUGGCAAAUAAUCGAUGAUUUAAAUUCAAUUAAGAGAGGAUCGCCAACCUCACGAGACAUUAAAAUUAACAUUGUAGUAACACCACGAUCAAAAUUAGAUUGUGGAAUAUGUAAAGGACCUGAUUGGAAACCGGGAAUUUUUAUACAAUUCACAAAAGAAGGUGGUAUUGCUCAUGAUGUAGGUCUUCGACCUGGUGACCAAAUUUUAAAUUGUAACAACAUCGAUUUUAGUGGAAUAUCAUUUAACGAUGCUGUCCAUAUUUUGAAAUCUUCAAAGCAAUUAGAAUUGACUGUUCGACAAGGAGUUGGUUUAGAAUUAAUUGCAGCUGAAUCAAGUGGCUAUAAUAGUUCUGCAAGUUCAGUGACCGGCGAUCAGAGUCCUUCAUCAACAGAUUCUAAACGACUAUCGAUUGUCAAGGAAGAAACACUCGAAUUAGAAGAUCGUUUAUCACAGUUAGAUCGAGCAAAAACCAAAAUGUGGAAUAAUGAUUCCGGUUGGAAUCAAAAUGAACCGAUACGAAAUUGUAAACCAACAAUUAUCACGCUGUCGGGUAAUGAAACUACAAUAGAAAAUAAUGGACCACCUGAAGUAUGCCAUGGUAAAUUUGAUAGUCAUGGAAAUGUUCCAUCACCUCCAAGUCAACCUAUAAAACAUACGGUUGUUGCCCAAAUACAUCGAACCGAAGAAGAUUGUAAUGAAAACAAAAACCUUAGUAAACCGAUUGCACCUCCAUUAUUAACGGAGAAACAAUCGAAUAUCGUUAAGAGUAGUUUAGCAAACAACGAAAUUGAGAAACCGUCAGGAGUUAUUAAAAAUUCACCACCAAUGAAUGGAAGCAGUGUCAUACCUCCACCUCCUCCGCCAAUCAGUUUAUCGAAUGCAAUUUGUCAGGAACUUCAAAAAAGAUCUGAGAGAAAACUGCAUCAUCAGCAGAAUGGAACAUCUGAAGUACGUGAACUUCGAAAAAUUCCACCAGUUGAUAAUAGCAGUAUCAAUACAAAGAAACAACACGAUAUUCUAAUGGAUGAAUUUCGUAAAGUGCAUCAUAAAAUGUUUGCUUCUGCAAAUAGCGAAGCAAACAGUUCCGAAGAAAAGAAAACUGAAUCUCCUUCAAGCACAAAACCCAUUGAACAAACGAUUCCACCACCACCCCCUCCCCAAAUAAAACGUUCCAACACAGCAACGACAACACAUAACAAACCAAAAGCUCCACCAGUGCCAAAAAAAACAUACAACGAAAUACCGCCAUGUCCAGUACCCGAUUAUGAGUCAAAUACAAUGUUAUACAUUAACAACAACAGCAAUACCAGCAGUCCUCAAACAAACAAUGAGAAAUCAAAUAAAAGCCAUUUGGAUGCCGUUGAAAUGGAUUCUUUGGAAUCAUUCCAAUUAAAUAAUCCAAGUGGUCCAGAACCAAAACCACCAAGCACAUAUUUUAAUAAACCACGACAUAAGCUGUUGUCAGCACAAUCAUCGGUCAGUUCUGCUACAUCGAUUGAUUCGAUGCUACGGAAUGGUAGCAAUAACAGUGGUCCCCAAAUACAGCAAAAGAAACGACCAGUAUCAGUUACGUUUAGUGAAUAUCCAAGUGGUGUACAGAGACGUGCCCCAGCUCGGCUUGGUUUCUUAAACGGUUCGAAGUCGUGCGAUAUGGAUGAUCGUGGAAAUAAUCAAUCGAUAACAAGUCGUUUAGCAUCGGAAUUGUCACAAACAUUAAUGCGUGCUAAUUUAAAAAAUAAUGAUUCACAAGAAACUGUAAAUAAUUUACGAAAUACCAACAAUAAUAAUAACAGCAUUAACAAUUCAGUCACAAUAAAUGUGAAUAAUAGCAUGAUGAAUGGUUCACCAAUUCCACCAGCACCAAAUCAAAUUCAAAUGCAACAUCCUCAUCAUCCGCCAUUAAUCAAGAGUCAAUCAAUGACCACACCAUCGACAAUAUCACAAACGAAUAAUAUACAUAAUAAUGGAUUAUCAAAUCGAUUAACUAUACGAAUUUCAGAUGAGAAUCCAUCAAUAACGGGAUUGAACAAAUCAAAGGAGAGAAGGAGCAGGUAAAUAUGUCAUAGCAAACCAAGUCAUCUUGUCAAGAAUAAAACUUUUCCAAAUACGUGA